AUGACUGACUCCAACGAUGCUGGAAUGGAUGCUGUUCAGAGACGACUCAUGUUUGAGGACGAGUUGAGAUUUUCUCGAUUACUUUUUUAUUUUUUUAAGGAACCCAUAUUUAAAAGAUGCAUUCUCGUUGAUGAAAAUGAUCGUGUGGUUGGCCAUGACACCAAAUACAACUGUCAUCUGAUGGAAAAGAUUGAAGCUGAGAAUUUGCUUCACAGGGCUUUCAGUGUGUUCUUAUUCAACUCCAAAUAUGAGUUGCUUCUCCAGCAAAGGUCAAAAACAAAGGUUACUUUCCCACUUGUGUGGACAAACACUUGUUGCAGCCAUCCUCUUUACCGUGAAUCUGAGCUGAUUGAAGAGAACGUGCUAGGUGUAAGAAAUGCUGCACAAAGAAAGCUUCUGGAUGAGCUCGGUGUUGUAGCUGAAGAUGUACCAGUCAAUGAGUUCACUCCCUUGGGACGCAUGCUUUACAAGGCCCCUUCUGAUGGCAAAUGGGGCGAGCACGAACUUGACUAUCUACUUUUCAUCGUCCGUGAUGUGAAGCUUCAACCAAACCCAGACGAAGUGGCUGAUAUCAAGUAUGUGAGCAGGGAAGAGCUUAAGGAGCUGGUGAAGAAAGCAGAUGCAGGUGAUGAAGCUGUGAAAAUCUCUCCAUGGUUUAGAUUGGUGGUUGAUAAUUUCUUGAUGAAGUGGUGGGAUCAUGUUGAGAAAGGAACUCUCAUUGAAGCUGCUGACAUGAAAACCAUUCACAAGCUCUAA